AUGGCAGUAUCAAUGUUUGAUAUGCAGAAAGCAGAUCGUAAUAGUAUUGAAUUACCGAGUACUGAAGAUAUUGAUUAUGCACGAGCUGCUUCUUGGGCCAAUGAAUCUUUAGCAAACGUGCUAAAGGACCAAAAGGGCCGACAAUUAUUUCAUGCAUUUUUGCAUGAUGCUUUAGCGGAAGAAAACUUAUCGUUUCUUGAAUCAUACGAAAAAUUCAAAAAGAUGACUGAUCCAGCUGAAAAGAAAGAGUAUAUUAAAGAAUUUUUCACAAAAUAUUCACCAUAUGUUAAUCUAAGUAGUGUAGCAAUGCAGAAAAUAAAAGAAACUGCAAAAACAGAUGACCCAGAUCCAGCAGCAUUUGCACUUGCUGUGAAAGAAGUGAACCGACUUUUGGAAAAUGAUCAAUUUCCGAGAUUUAAGCGAUCAGAAAUUUACGUUAAUUUUCUGGAAAAACUUUUGCCACGAAUUAGCGCUGAAAAAUGGACUACUAGUUUUGAAGCACUAGUUGGUAAUCAGAUUGGUAGAUAUUAUUUUCGAAUUUUCUUACGGAAUAUUCAUGCGGAAGAAAAUUUACGUUUUUGGGAAGCAAUAAUAGAAUUCAAGCAAACAAAAAAUAAGAGCACAGCAAUGCUAAACAUGGGGCGAAAUAUACAAAAGCAAUAUUUGGUUGAAGGAACGCAUAAUGAAAUAUUUCUACCAUUUGGUGUUCGCCAGUUAAUUGAAAAACGAAUUGAAGAAAAAGAUGUUGACAAAACACUAUUCGAUGAUGCGGUGAAACAUGUUGAACAGAUUCUCAAGAACGAUCCAUAUGUGCGAUUCUUGCAAUCUUCUGAAUACAAUAAUUUACUGCAAAAAUUGCAUUGA